AUGUUUAAAGCACUUGCGGGACUUAGACGUAUUAAUCUUGAAGGGCUGCGCUGGAGGGUUUUUGAUGCCAAAGGCCAGGUCCUUGGGAGGUUAGCAUCUCAAAUAGCUACUGUAGUUCAGGGCAAGGAUAAGCCAACAUAUGCACCUAAUCGUGAUGAUGGAGAUAUGUGUAUUGUGCUUAAUGCAAAGGAUGUUUGUGUGACUGGAAGAAAGCUUACAGAUAAGUUCUAUCGCUGGCAUACAGGGUAUGUGGGCCACCUCAAGGAAAGGAGUCUAAAGGACCAGUUAGCCAAAGACCCUACAGAAGUCAUUCGCAAAGCUGUUCUGCGCAUGCUGCCUAGAAACAAACUGCGUGAUGAUAGGGAUCGGAAAUUGAGGAUAUUUGCUGGUAGCGAGCAUCCUUUUGGUGAUAGGCCCCUUGAAUCUUACAUGAUGCCUCCUAGGAACGUACGUGAAAUGCGGCCAAGGGCAAGGCGCGCAAUGAUUCGUGCUCAAAAGAAGGCUGAGCAGCAGCAACAGAAUACAGGUGAAACAAGGAAAGGCAAAAAGAGAGAAGCCUUAGCGGAAGUGAAAGCUUGAAUAGACGUGGUCGUGGUUGAGGGAAAUUUAGCUGACCCAUGGAAAGCCAUCUGUUUAUCUAUGCUAGCAAAUUCUUUCAUGGCUUAUGAAAUUGCGUCUUUUGUUUCCUUUUCCCAUCCUUGAAGGCAUUAAAGCUAACAGUGGAAGCAUGCAUCGUAGUUACAGGAAUUUUGUGCAAUGCCUGGAUUAACGUCAUAGUUGGUCCAAUUAAUACCCAUUAGCCACUCUAAAUGCUUAGAUCGAAGUUAGUGUGAGUUGUUUAAUUUUUCAUUGAUUUC